GUUUGUUUGUGGUUGAAAAUACAUUUUAUUUAAACUAUUCAUUCGUGUGUUUUCCGGUUUCAAAGGAGUUGGAAAUUACUAAAAUUCUAUAAGUGUUGAUGUGGACGUGUAGAGGACUUUACACAACAUGAUCAACGAGCAGGUGGUAGAGGAAGUGCUGCAAGGGCAGCUCGAGGCCUCCAAGUGGGCGAUACCUCGCCAGACCAAGAUAUUCAUCUGUUCUACUAAACUAGACUUUCUUGAAGAAAGACGAACUCUGCUGGAAAAUGUCGGACCAGAGUUGCAAAAUACUUACGACUCCACUGGUCUAGAGGUGGAGUUGGUGGAUGUGCACUUCGGCACUGGUAGUGAUGUUCUGCAGGACCCGUAUAGGUUUGCCGAUCAGUUGGAGGAGAUUCGUCAAUGCCAGCAGGUGUCAAGAGGGUGCUUCUUCCUGGUGCUUAUUGGUAAUGAGAGACAAGACUGUCCACUGCCUGUGAUAUUCACAGAAGAGGAAUAUGAGCAGCUGACUGAGGCUGCCAAACAGCUGAAUUUGGAGGUUAACCUGGUUCACCAGUGUUACCAACAAGAUGGCAGCAAAUAUCAGCUGGUUAAGGACAACCACUCUGAACUGUCAGAAGUGUUCAGCAAAACAUUCAACAUCCUGCGAGCAGUAGCACAGGAGUUGGCGUCCAGAAGUCCACCGGUUAUGUUCCCACAGUUGCUGAGGUCUGCCGUAGAACAUCAGUUUCACACAGCUUUAGAACUUGAUCCAGAACACAUAGUUGCUGUGGUGAGAGAGUUUACAGACUGUCCUGAACCAAGAGAUCAAGCGCUCAAUGAUUUCAAACAACUUGUUGUUUCAUCUUUACCAGAAGAAAACGUACUUCAGUUUGUUGUUCCGUGGAAGAACAGUGGGAUUGACACAGAAUGGCCGGAACAUGAUACUUAUCUUAGUGAUUUCCAAGACGUCGCUUCGUCCACACUUCAAGGACUUGUAAAUAGAAGUAUUGAGGAGAAGCCAGAAAUCAAUGCCAAAACUAAGCAAAUACAGGAAGUGUUCAAAGAAGCCCUGUUCCACCUGGCGCUAUGUCACCAGUACACAUCAGGCCGGCUACAUACGGUAGACUGGCACGGGACUCCAACACUAGACCACAUCAGAGGCCUGAUGACUGGCGCGACGGCACGACACGGCCCGAUUCUACUACAGGGAGGAUACGGCGCCGGCAAGACAUCACUGCUUACUACCAUCUACACAGACUGCGAACAGUGGUUCGGCCAGAAAGUUAUGAAGGUACUGAGGUUCUCAGGAAUCACUCCACGCUCCUCGUAUAACCUGGAGCUGUUGAGGAUCAUCUGUGAACAGCUGUGUUUGCUGCUGCAGCCGUCGCAGUCUUCUGUCUGUGUACCUCAGGAUGCCAGCUUUGAUCCACUUUACGUCAACAACUGGUUUCAGACACUCAUUAGAAGAUUUGACGAGGAGUCACCCGAACGAGAGUCUGGGGAGAGUCACUUGCUGGUGAUCUUGAUAGAUGACAUUCACCGCCUCAACCCGCUGGACUCGGACAUUGUAGCGGCGUUGUCAUGGCUACCGACCAACCUGCCGAGGAACGUACACAUCAUCGGCACAACGCACACGUCACCUGAGAUACUCAAACUGACUCCUGUGCAGCGGGAGAGAUUCAAACAACCAGAAUGCUACAUAGAACUACCAGCUGUCACAGAAGAUCUAGAAAGGAAGGCUGAAGAAGCGUUGGAGUGUGCAGAGGCACAGUUUGGUGUGCGAGCCAUGUCCAGGCUAGGGUCUAUGUUGACAGCGGCAGAGUUUGGUCUCAGCGAGCCUGAACUGCUGGAGUUGUUGAUGCCAACUGCAGGGCCGAGCACUGCAGAGCUAUUACUGGCCGAGGGGCAGUUCAACUUCUCAACUUUUGCUAUGGUCCGCCGGAGUAUAAGUCAUUUACUUCUGGAAAAGUUUAUGAGUGGAAGAAUCCUGCUGAGCUGGAGGUACGAGUUGUUGGCCAAAGUGGCCAAGAAACGAUAUCUAACCAGUCAAGAAACAACGAGAUCGAUUCAUGGUGAAAUCGCCAAUUUGUUCUUCAGUGACUUUCCUACCGACAUGGAACCGAUCAAAGUCGAAGAAGCAUUAGGUCAAGUUGAUGAAAACAAACAAACGCCAUUCCAGUCUGCCUUCGUCACGAAUGACGUCACCUACAGUCUGAGACAUGUGGAAGAGUCCUGGAUUCAUUUGCUCAAAGCAGGAGAUGGCAAUCGUCUGAAACAGCUGACAAUAUGCAACUUUGACUGGCUGUUGGCAGCUGUACGAACAAUAUCCGUGAGCUACUUACGAUCUACACUGGAACAUGUCAGGUGCUAUCUACUGGACAGAGAUGUAGAGCUGGUUUACUACACGGUGCGUAAGUCCAGUGAUGUGUUGACAAGAGACACGCUACAACUGGCCGCGCAGAUCAUCUGCUGGCUGAGACCUGUAGCAGAAAGCAGUGGAGCCCUAAUGUCUCGUAUGAUCCUGGCUGCGAUGGCGUGGUGUGAUGGUUACACUGAUCCUCUCCUAGUGCCUCUCAACGGGUGGUUGCAGCCUCCCCUACCCCUACAGAUAAAGAGUGUGGUGUGCCCGGCCGGGGUAGGCCUGAUAGCUCCGACACCCUCAGCUCAACAUGUCGUGGUGGUGACGUUAACCGGGGACACUCAGCUGUGGCACAUCAUGUCCAACACUCUCAUACACACCUUCAAAGGUCACAGUGGUCGUGUACUUUGCCUCGCUCUCACCAAACAAUCUCAAAUUCUACUGACAGGAUCUGAGGACACGUCAAUCAUCGUGUGGGACUUGUCAUCUUUUGAGCAAAAAAUGAGGAUUUUUGAACACAUAGCCCCAGUGCUCAGUGUGACCACGGCACUGGACAACACAGUGGUGGUCAGUGGUGGGGAGGACUCCAGGAUUAUAGUGACGUCAUUGAAAACUGGAGAAGUUGUCAUCAAAAUAGACCACCAUAGAGGUCCAGUGACAGCUGUACAAGCCACAGUAUCUGGGGACAUUCUCAUAUCAGGUUCGUCAGACAAGUCGGUGUGCCUCUGGUCCCUGGACAACUUCACAUUGCUCAACUCAAUCUCCGUGCCAUCUCCUGUAAACAUGCUGGACAUCUCCAGUGACUCAGUGUUCCUGUUGGUGGCUUGUGAGGACAAUCAGCUGUAUCUUCAUACAUUGGCCACUGGCACACAGAUACACUGCCUGCGCGGACACAAAGCUAAUGUGGUAUCUGUGUGUUUGGCGGGGGACAACCAGCGAGCCGUGGCUGGAGGAGCGGACGGGAGAGUCUACGUGUUUGACAUGCACAGUGGCUGCCUGGUGCGGACCAUCUCCACCAGCCAUAACUCCAAGGUCACCGGGGUCAAGGUCACUUCUAAUGACGACUUUCUUAUCACCGCAGGAGGCAAUAGGAUAACAUCAUGGAGCUUCAGAAAAGAAGACGGGAUUGGUGUAGAAGAAGUGGGUACAACAAUGACCAGCAAGACUUCUUCUACCCAGAAACCUCAUACUGCACCCAUCAAUUGCCUGGACAUCUCCCGUGACGGCACAACUGCUGUUACAGGGGGACUUGACAGUCUGGUGAACGUGUGGCAGCUCAACUCCCACGAGUUACACUCCACUAUGGAGGGUCACACGGCGGCUGUGACUGCUGUAGCUAUCAGUCCCAACGGUCUCUUCACAAUCUCUGGCUCCGAGGACAAGACAGCACGCGUCUGGGGGCUUACGCUCGGCCUUGUUGUCUCUAUAUUUAAGGGGCACCAGGCUACAGUGACGGCUGUAGGAGUGAUGUCCGACAGCCGCAGAGUCGUGUCUUGUGACAGACAAGGCGUGCUUGCUGUCUGGCUGGCAGACAACGCUACACUGCUGCACUCUGCCCUCGGUCCCACCAACUACCUGCAGAUCACCAACAACAUGAAGUACGCUGUCAGUGGCGAUGGUGACAACAGUUUGCGGAUCUGGCCACUCACCAGUCACCGAGAUGAGGAGAGAUUUACAAUUAGCCACACCAAGGAAGUGACGUGCUUCGUUCUCACUGCCGACUCCUUACAUGUCGUGACAGGCUCACGAGACGCCUCGCUCAAGGUGUGGCAGGUUAUUGGAGGAAAACUCACUCAGGUGCUGAUGGGUCACACAGACCAUGUGACUUGUGCGGCCGUCGCCAUCACUAACAAGACGAUUGUGGUGAGCGGCUCCAGGGAUUCUAACCUGAUAGUGUGGGACAUCAACACUGGCAACGACAUCCACCUCUUGUCAGGGCAUCUGGGCUGUGUGACUUGUGUUAAGGUGGCUGGAGAUGGAACUGUCGCUGUUUCAGGGUCUGAAGACAAGAGGAUCAUAGUGUGGGACACAGCCAAGGGCGUUCCUCUGUCUUCUCUGCAGCUGCAUCUGCCCAUCCUAGGUUUGGUCAUGUCCACGGACGCUACUCGUAUUGCGAUUCAUCUGUUUGAGAGCAGACAUCUGCCAAUCAUCUGUCUUCACAACACUCCAGCCACAUAUGUCAAAGCUCCUGUCUACGUCGCUCCUGCCAAAGAAAUCGAAGACCUGAGACCUUCAGGGCCGAAGCGUCCGCUGAGAAGGCUGCUGAAGAAGGAGGUCUCACUGGACACGUACACUUGGCAAAAGAAGUACGGACACUUGACUUCCUCCAUCAUGAUGGCUGCUGUGGACGAGAGACUCAAGCGGAGGUUCUCCGUGUCAGCCAGUAUGGAGGAGAUCAGCAAGAUACCAGCCAGCAAGGAGCAGCUAGGCUCUCAGAAUAUUGGACCUGAACAGGCAGCCCUUGCUCAAUCCCAACACUUUGAUCAGCUGGAGGCCAUGUGGAAUCGAAGAUCACCGCCUCGAUCCCGAAGACUCUUUCAGUCCCUCUCAAAACAAAACUCAAGGUCAAGUCGAAAAGAUUCUGAGGAAGAUAAUUCACCUUUAGAAGAGGUUGAUGAUUUUUCUGGUGAUUAAGCUCCCAGAAUCCUCUUCAAUGGAACCAAAUGUGAUCUUGAUUCAAUCAUCAUAGGUAGGUUACUGAGUGCAAUAAUGUAUCUAGAUAUAGUAACAUUCCUUUCAAACCAUUCAAGAACACUGUUCCUGUUGUUUAUCUUUUGUAGAGUAUUUUUAUACGUUAAGAAACAAAACCUAAGUUUUUUUAUUCAAUCAGUCCUUGAACUAAAAAGAAAUUACAUUUACACAUGUAAGCCAGAAGAAUUGUUAUCGUCUAUCGAGGUAUUCAGUCAUCUGGUUUGUCCAUAUUGAGAAAAAGCAAAUGAAGGUUUAAUACCAAGCGAACAAAGUAAAAUAGCAUGUACUUUUGGUUGUACAAUUUCAUAUUAACCCUCAACUAUAAUUGCAAACACCAAUGGUGAAAUAACAGUUUAUUUCAAACGUUGUCAUUUUGUCAUUGUAAUUCACUGUUAUUGCAUUGUUAUUUUAUUCCUGUCUUAUUCAUGCAUUAUUUGGGCGAUAAAUCGUUUAUUUAACUAUUUCUUGCUGAAUGGUUCU